AUGUGUGCCGCUGCGAAGCCAUCACCACUAAACUCAACCGCAGCUUCUUGCGUUUACCAUGAAAUUUCAUGUCGUCUCGGUGAUGAACACUCCAUUAUCGAAAAUCAUCUCUACAAACUCCUCGACCAGUUACAAAACAAAGCCGACUUGUCCGUUUACAACCCUCAUAAAUGCAUAACCGUGUCUCGAAGACUACCCCCUUCGGAUUCUCGCCCCUUCCAAGUAAUCCACGGCCAAGUUUGGCGAUGGUCUCAUGUGCGAAGCAGUCUAUCUCAUAUAAUCUUUGAACUGCAACCCCGAAACUUCUGUUUUGCGGCCCACCAAAUGGAGAUUUGUCUCAAUCCAUGCCAUUACCGAAAACAACGACUGCUUCCACCGUUAGAACCAGUUGUGGCAUCACCAAAAUGGGCCACAAUUAGUUACUACGAGAAGGAGUCCCGAGUUGGAAACGCGUUUUCUUGUCAAGGACUCUCAAUUUGGGUGCACUGUUUGCAAGAUGGGCCGCUACGAAAUGAUAGACUUAACUUAUUUCCAAUGGAAAAUGGGGGUCGGGAUUGGUCUGUGAAAAACGCCAGACAACAGAUCGGAAAAGGGAUUACUUUGCACUAUGUUAAGGGGCAAAUUUACGUGCAGUUGUGGUCCGACUCAGAACUCUACGUCAACUCGAGAUUUUACAAUCGACUUAAAAACUAUUCGGGUGGUACUAUUUGUAAGUUGGCGCCGUUUCGGUGCAAACACAUGAAACUUUUUCGGGAUGAUGAAUUUCAUAAAAUGUUAGCUGUGGAAGUGGAAAAAGGUUGGGAGGCUGUUUACAACUUUGCUAAAGUGUGCAUCGUUCGAAUUAGUUUUGUGGAGGGUUGGGGCAAUGGGGUUGCUAUUACUGAUGUGCCUUGUUGGAUUGAAGUGCGUUUUUUGAAACAUUUGGAGUGGAUUCAACGGACUUUGGCGCAAAUGGGUGCGCCAUACAAACUACAUUAUUAA